AUGCCACUAUACAGUGCUACUUUGGCACUGGGUUCAGUCUCGCAGCUCUUUAUUACCGGCGAUGCCAUUGCCUCCUCUAAGAACCAUAAUUCUUGUUCAGUAUCUUGCGUCUUCAACCACAUCAACUUCUCAAAGCUCUCUCACAAGUCUCUUUGCAGGAAAAGAUCGUCAGUUUUUGCUGCGAGCAGAGUAUCCAAUACUGAAAAUUCCGGCCUUGUGCAUGACACGUCUGCCUCUACAGACGAGGACCUUCAAGAGGCUCGGAGAUCUGCUGAUUGGAAGGUAGCAAAGGCUUAUAGUGACAGUGGAUUAAUCUAUGAGGGGAUGAUUGAAGGAUAUAAUGGCGGAGGUUUGCUGGUUCGGUUUCAUUCUCUAGUGGGUUUUCUUCCAUUUCCACAGUUGAGCCCAUCACAUUUUUGCAAAGAACGGGGAAAAAGCCUCCAAGACAUUGCAAAAGGUUUACCUGGUUCACUUAUAUCUGCGAAGGUAAUCCAAGUAGACGAAGAGCACAAGAAACUGAUAUUCUCAGAAAAGGAAGCUGUCUGGUCGAAGUUUUCUGAGCAAAUUCAUGUUGGGGAUAUUUUUGAAGCUAGGGUGGGUUCUAUGGAGGAUUAUGGUGCAUUUGUUCACCUACGAUUUCCUGAUGGUCUUUAUCAUCUGACUGGACUAGUACAUGUCUCAGAGGUUUCAUGGGAUUUAGUUCAGGAUGUACGAGACAUUUUAAAUGAGGGUGAUGAUGUAAGGGUCAAAAUUAUUAAUAUCGAUAGAGUAAAGUCAAGAAUUACACUUUCCAUUAAACAGUUGGAGGAAGAUCCACUUCUAGAAACAUUGGACAAAGUAAUACCACAGGAUGGCUCUGUAGGUCCUGAUUCUUUGAGCACUGACAAUAGCAGCAAUAUAGAACCUCUUCCAGGCCUUGAAGCGAUAUUUGAAGAGCUAGUACGGGAAGAUGGCAUAGAUGAUGUAAGAAUCAAUCGCCAGGGGUUUGAGAAAAGAGUGGUUUCACAGGACCUGCAGCUUUGGCUUUCAAAUUCACCGGCCGUUAACCAGAAGUUUACUCUUCUUGCUCGAGCAGGAAGGCAGGUGCAGGAAAUACAACUGACAACAACACUUGAUCAGGAAGGUAUCAAAAAAGCACUACAACGAGUAUUGGAGCGUGUGCCAUAG